GCAGGAUGCGCAGAAGUAGACACAUUGAAAUUUAUCCUCCAUCAUAGAGCUUUUCAUUUGUCAAUAUAUCAUGUAUAUCAAAUACAUCAAUCAAAAGAAUAAAUGAAGGCGAAAGCUAUGUGGGAUGCGGAGCGAGGCCAGGCGUGCGCCUAAAUGUAUGAUAAGAAAAGAUGAGUGCCGAAAAUGAUGCCGCAGAGGAAGAAGAAGCAUCGACGACAAACGCAGUGCCAUGCGUUUCCUGCGAGGAGUGUAAUCGCGACUGCACACUCUGUCCUGGCAGUGAUAAUAUGUGGUGCUCUCGUUUAAAUAAAUGCGCGAUGGUGAAUAUCCUGAUACUCCUGGUUGUGGUGGUCCACUUCACCCUGAGCGCUCAAGUGAAUCAACACGCAUUAAAAUCCGAGCCUCGACAGUCUGAUGACCUUUGCAAGAACCCCGCUUGCGAUUGCAUUCAAGAGUCACAGGGUUGGAGCAUUGAAUGCAGCUGCGUUCAUUAUCAACCCGGGAUACCAAAAACGUUCGUGCUGCCGUUCCCAGUGGUAAUUCCUACGCAAACGUUUUCGCUGCUAAUCACCAAGUGUGAAAAUGCAGUUGUCGCCAAAAGUGGUUUAAAAAUGAAGGAAGUUAUCAUUCCCGAAUGGUUCGGAGUUCACAACAUCACGGGAAAUUUGAUUUUCAACCCUGACGUGGUCAUCCUUGGUCGAAACAUUGUGAUUAGCAACGUCCGACGUAUACCAGAGCUCCCGGCCGGAAUUCUCAGAAUGGCAUCCUCGUCAAACAACGUUAACAUUUUCCAAAUCGAACACGUUGAUUUGAUUGACGUUGUGCGCUCAAGAGCAAUUUUCAACGCACACAUCAAGACCAACUUCACAAUAUUCAGCACGACGAUUCUGACCAUAGAGGAAAAUGCUAUCGACGUUGACGUUGGCGACACUUUUUUGAUUGGAAACAGCUCGAUGGGGCCCUUAAACGGCUCCAACUUCCGAAUAUAUGCCAAAGACGUGUCUGUUGUGAACAGCGUAUUCAACUUUGGCGUAGGAACAAAUGCCUUCUUGGUCACAGCGGACACAACCACUUUUUGGAACAACAAUUUCUAUAAUAAAGUGCAGAAACACGCUUUCGACGUGACUGCUUCCAUGGCUAGAUUUGAAAGAAAUGUUUUCCAAACAUUAGAGGAAGAGGCUCUGCUGAAAGUCCGGGGGCACACAGGCAUUGAAAGUAUUUUUACAUUCCAACACAACUUGAUUUACGUCGCGCAGAGAGAAUCGAUAAACCCAAAUAAAAGGAUUAGCGAAAAAGACAGUGUCAUGGAAAACAAUUUUCUCUACUGCAACACCCCAAGUUUGAGUUGGUUUUGGGGAGCCGCUCACGGAUCGAACGUCUCGCAGCUCACAAAGGACUUCUAUGCGCACUUUUUGAGAGAGGAAAAUCACAACGUGUGCUUGUAUUUGGACGAACGUCAUGUGCCAAAAACGUGUUCGAUAGACAAAGUGGCCGAUUUGUACAACCCUGACGCGGCGAAUAACCAAAUCCGUCGAUUUGCCAACGCUACCAAUGCGCAAAUUUGCAAUUAUUUAAUAAACGCGUCCAACGCAGUGCAGCCUACUGUGAUUAUAAUUGUGCAAAUAUUUUGUUUUUACCUAACUGCGCUUGUAAUGCAAUAUUAAACUUCAAAUUUUGAAAGUGAAGUUAAAAGAAAACGAAACGGCUCCACCAGUUUUGGUCAUAAGGGUCUGUGGCCCUAUUUGACGGGCAUGAAAAACUGCAUAUAAAAAAAAAACUUGGUUGAUUUUCAACUUUGCAGAUUUUGAAUUUUCUCACUCUCAUGUUAUAGUUUAGACAAACAUCUAAACUGGUAGAGCCAUUUUGUUUUUAAUACAAUUUCUGAUGUUUUCCUCACUUUCAUAAUAGUUUCUUUGAGUGCCAAUUUCUUUAAACAAAAAAUGUAAAGAGUUUAUUGGGGUUAAUUUUUCCACUUGUGUAAUUGUUGUGCUUUGAGGUAAAAAUAUUAUGUUUGCAUCUGCACUGAAUGAUCUGCAAUAAAAGUAAUGCAAUGAUAAUAAUAAGUGAUGAAUUAUUUUUAUUAUUCUGAUUAUAUUUUAUGUGAAAAUUGAAAUAAAUUUAUUUUCAAAAACUAAUCCAGGACAGAAUGGGCAAAAACGAUACGCCUGCUCAAUAAAACAAUUCAAUCAAUCAUUAUCAGAAAAUGGGACUAGAAUUUUAACAAAAAUGUUCUUGUAUAAACUGUAAAAACAGAACACAUUUUUUCAUUUAGAAAAAGGUAAUUUAAUGUAUAAUAACAUUUUAGAUAAAAAUUAAAAACUAUC